UGACACCUGGGAUUAUCGAGCAGCCUUCAAACCCGCGGGCUCGGGGCCGGUCCCAGGGUUCUGGGUGAACGGCAUUUGGAUGCCCCAGCGCCUGCAAGACCUUUUGGCAGCUGGGGGGCUGGAGGCAGCGGAACGAAAGGCAGGCGUUCCUCGGUUCCUGGGCCGGACGUAGACCCAAUCUGUCCGUCCUUUCAAGUUUCCCCCAAGGCUGGGAUCAAGGCGUGCGGCAAGUUCAGGUUCGCCGGCACCAUAGUGGUCGUCGGUGGCCCGAGUUAGAGGUCAGCUGAGCAGUCUUCGUGCCUCAGAUUUGUUGACCUACAGAAUGCUUCGGUACCCGUACUUUUAUAGACCAUAUAAAGAAUUUCUUUCUUGCUGUUUGGAAGCUGGCAUAGUUAACUUAGGUGUCUGGCCAAAAAAAAUACAUGCUACAGCAGAAAGAUAUGAUGAAUAUGAAGCUCAGGAGCAAGCAGACCAGACUGGAGCUCAGGAGUUUCACAGAUCUCAAGAUGGAGAUUCUGAAGCUAUGACUAAAUUGCAUAUUCCAGUAAUGGUGGACGAAGUUGUUCGUUGUUUGGCACCACAAAAAGGGCAGAUUUUUCUAGAUAUGACAUUUGGUUCAGGAGGACAUGCAAGAGCCAUUCUGCAGAAAGAGUCAAAUAUUACCCUGUAUGCCUUAGACAGAGACCCAACAGCUUACGGAAUAGCUGAACAACUUUCAGAAUUGUAUCCGAAACAGGUCCGAGCUAUGCUAGGCCAGUUCAGCCAGGCAGAAGCCUUGUUGACGGAAGCCGGAGUGCAGCCAGGGACUUUGGAUGGAGUUCUUCUGGAUCUUGGAUGUUCCUCAAUGCAACUUGAUGCUCCUGAAAGAGGUUUUUCCCUUCGUAAGGAUGGCCCUCUGGACAUGAGAAUGGAUGGUGGCAGGUACCCUGACAUGCCCACUGCAGCUGAUGUUGUGAACGCUUUAGAUCAACAGGCACUUGCAUCCAUCCUGAGAACAUACGGGGAAGAGAAGCAUGCCAAGAAAAUCGCUUCAGCAAUCGUUCAGGCACGCAGCAUCUACCCCAUCACCAGAACCCAGCAGCUUGCCAGCAUCGUUGCAGGUGCAUUCCCUCCCUCUGCUACUUAUGCACGAAAAGACUUGCUACAACGAUCUACCCACAUUGCUACCAAGACUUUCCAAGCGUUUCGCAUAUUUGUGAACAAUGAACUUAAUGAACUUUAUACAGGACUGAUGACAGCUCAGAAGUUUCUGAGACCUGGUGGUCGUCUUGUUGCCCUCUCCUUCCAUUCCCUGGAGGACCGCAUUGUCAAACGAUUCUUGCUUGGGAUAAGCAUGGCAGAAAGAUUUAACCUAAGUGUAAGACAGAAGGUGGCACAGAUAUCACAGUUGAGUUCAGGUCAUGAUAACAGGGACGGUGUCUCUCUAAGAAGGGCCCCUUUAAUGUGGGAACUGAUACACAAGAAGGUACUUACCCCAGAAGAUCAGGAUGUACAAGAUAACCCCAGAGGGCGCUCAGCCAAACUUAGAGCAGCUAUCAAAUUAUGACAAAGUCAUAAUCAUCUGAUCCUUCAAGUUUUCCCUCACAGUUUCUCAUGAUGUUUUUAUGUAAAAUUCCUGAACAGCUUAACCCCAGAAAAUGUAUGUUACCAUAUAGAUAUGUACUACAUAUCUGUGGAAAUUGAGAAUAUUUAGCAUAUUUUUGUCAAAUAUUCAGGUAAUACGUCACAGAAAGUUCAAUUUAAGGAGAAGCAGCAUCUCAAAACUGGAUUAAUGGGUUUACCUUAGCAUUAUACAGGAAAAAUUCAUGUUAUCAUAUGAUUAGAAAUUCCAAAUUGGUGAAUCCAAAUGAAUAGAAUAUUAGUAUAGUUAUGGACAAAAUAUAAGAAUUAAAUACUUCAGUUUAUUUAAAUUUACUUUAUCUGCCCCGGUAAUAUUUAGCUUGUUUCAAAGCUGGUUUACUGCUUUUACUUUAAAGGCUUUAUUUAAAUCUAGCAAUUCUUCAGUGAAAUCAGAAAUAGAAAACCUUCUAAGGAAAAGUGUGUCAAAUUAGAAACAAAUAAAUGCGCCUGGAUUAAUCCCCUGACUCUUUCUUGAAGAAUUUUGUAAGUUUCUCUUUACAUAAAGUCAUAUUUAUGAAUGAGAGAGAUUCCCAAAAGUAAGUGCCCAUCCAAGUAUCUGUUUAAAAAUAAAAGAUCACACCCCUAUAUUCAACAUUGUUUCCUCUAUUUCAUUAAUUAUUUUUAGACCCAUAUAAUAUGAGAGUUUUUCUUCUUUAAUGCUAAUGAAACUGACUUCACUAGAUUGGAUAGUGCCCUUCCAAAAUCUAUUUCCUUCACAGAACCUCAGAAUGUAUCCUUAUUUGGAAAUAUGGCCAUUGCACAUGUAAGUAGUUAAGGUGAUAUGGUACUGGAGCAGGGCAGGCCUUAGUCAAAUGUGUCUUGUGCCCUUGUAAGAAGAGAAGAGAGACACAGGUACAGGGAAGAACACCAUCUGAAGAUGGAAGAUGGAAACAGAUUGUAGUGCUACACCUACAAGCCAAGGGAAACCAAGGUUGCUGGCAACCUUCAGAAGCUAGGAGAGAAGCAUGAAACAGAUUCUGCACCGGGGUCUUCAGAAGGAACCAACUCUGCUGACACCUUGAUUUCAGACUUCCAGCCUCUAGAACAGUGAGAGAAUAAAUUUCUGUUAUUUUAAGCCACCUAGUUCGUGGUAAUGUGUUACAACAGCAUUAAAAAACUCAAACUCUGACAGAAAAGAAUCUUGAAUAACAUGCAUGAAAAGAAUGCUUCUUCAAUAAACAUAAAAUUGCUUUCAAACUGCCGUAGUGUAAAAUAUUAGUUACUUUAUGUAAUGAGGCUGUUAUACCAUGAUCGUUCUUGCUUGCUUUUUGUCUCUGUUGUAGGAUGCAUGAAAAAAUAUAUGAAUGAGGUUUUUGGGGUUUUUUUUU